UCGUACACUCGCCUAAACUUACUUCAUUUAUGAAUUUCACGUGAUCCAUCGAUAAUAUUCAAACUUCAAAUCGUUAGUGCAGACUAAUUCAUUUCAGUGAAGAAUAAUCCUUAAAUUAAAUCUAAAGUGAAGACCUGCGCAGACAUGGAUCCUUUCACGUUAGCUCUGUCCCUAAUUUCGAGUUUCCUUCUCAUAUAUUAUUACCUAUGGAAGCCUAUGACUCAUUUCAAGCACCUAGACAUCCCCCAUGAACCACCAAUCCCGAUCCUAGGCAACAUGACUCGAAGCCUAUUCCGUCGUAUUCCCAUGCACGAACACUUGGAACAGCUCUACCAUCGAUUCUCCCAUACCAAGUACUUUGGUUUCUACAAUUUCAUGACACCGGUAAUAGUGAUUCGCGAUCCCGAACUGAUCACCUCCAUCGCUGUGAAGAAUUUCGACCAUUUCUGCGACCAUCGUGGCUUCGUGGACGAAGAACAGGAUCCCUUGGUAGGGAAGAACCUGUUUGCCUUGCGAGGUGAUCAUUGGAGGGACAUGAGGAAACUACUGAGCCCUACGUUCACUGGCAGCAAGUUGAAGAUGAUGUUGAAUCUGAUCGAUGACUGCGCGGACAACUUCACGGACUUCGUCGCGGAUAGGUCGAAGGAGGGACAGGUGUUGGACACGAAGGAACUAGUGGGAAGGUACACCAACGACGUGGUGUCCAGUUGUAACUUUGGACUGACCGUGGACUCGAUGAGGAACCCGGAGAACGAGUUCUACUCGUUCGCUAAGGAAACCGUGGAUUUCAUGUCUUCCUUGUCACUGAAGUUCAUAAUUGGCAAGAAUUUUCCUCUGGUGUCCAAACUGUUGGGUAUCAGGAUGUUCACUGAAGAUGCACGCCAAUAUUUCCUGCGGAUUAUAGAUGACACGGUUCGGAUGAGGAAGGAAAAG